AUGGCCGUCGGCCCACGCGUUUCUAAGGAAGAAUUCAUGCACGCACUGGGGUUAGAUCCUCGCGACUCCCAGCAUGAACAGUACUACCGAGCCAUGCGAGAUGAAGCAAUCAUGGUGUAUAACCACAUGAACCAAGAUACAACGCACCUCCUAGACAGCGUGGCUGCUGAGCCAACCACUCGCCCACCCUUCUUCUGGCACCAUAUCCGACCAGAGCGCCAGCGCUGGGCUAUCCUAGAGAUUUGGCGCAAUGCGGGUCCGCAGACUCGUCCACUAUUUGACCGCGGCGGAACCAAUGGCGAGUACGGUCCCAACUGGGUCGCUGGGUGGUUGCUGUACAGUGUGUUUCGGUCGCGGGAUGUGAGGAAUAAUCGGAAUCGAAGGAAAGGGGAGAGUCAUGCCAGCGAUGACAAGCGGUCUAAACCAGUCGAGGAAGCACCGCCUCCACCGAAGAAGUAUUACGAUCCAGUGCGGAAUGGGACGCUCUAA